GCCGGCAGCAUGGCAGAUAACUCAGUGUCGGAGCAGCUGUUACAGAGGCUACAAGAUGGAGGCAGUAAAGGCGUGGAUAGCCUGGAACUAGCGGCGUUGCUCGGUGUGGAACAUCAGCAGGUGGUGGGGGCAGUGAAGAGCCUGCAGUGUCUGGGAGAGAUAAUCCAGGCAGAACAGCGCUCCAGCAAGAAAUGGGAGCUCAGCUCAGAAGGGGAAGAGAUUGGCCGUGAGGGAAGCCAUGAGGCCCGGGUGUUCCAGACUCUGCCCAAAGAAGGCUUGCUGCAAGCUCAGCUAAUGAAGCAGCCCUUCUCUAAAGUUGGCUUCAGUAAAGCCAUGUCCAACAAAUGGAUCCGACUGGAUAAAGCAGCAGAAGGAGGGCCCCGCAUCUACAGAGUGGUGGACUCCAUAGAGGACACAGUUAAGGAAAAGCUACAGCUGAUCCUCAAGGGAAGGGCUGAUGAUGUGAAUGAGAAGGACAGGAACGAGCUGAAGAAGAGGAAACUUGUCAAUGAAGUGACGGUUAAAUCCUACUGGGUGACAAAGGGAUCCGGCUUCAGCACAAGCAUCACCAAGCAAGAGACUGAUCUGACCCCAGAAAUGAUUGCCAGUGGAUCCUGGAGGGAGAAGCAGUUCAAGGGCUAUAACUUUGACGCUCUGGGUGUGAUGCCGGAGUGCGGCCAUCUGCACCCGCUAUUGAAGGUGCGCACUCAGUUCCGGCAGAUCUUUCUGGAAAUGGGAUUCACAGAGAUGCCAACCAAUAACUUCAUCGAGAGCUCUUUCUGGAACUUUGAUGCUCUGUUCCAGCCUCAGCAGCACCCUGCCCGAGAUCAGCACGACACCUUCUUCCUGCAAGAUCCAGCCUUAGCCACAGAGUUUCCUAUGGAAUAUCUGGAAAGAGUUAAGAAGGUUCAUUCUGAAGGAGGAUAUGGAUCCCAAGGGUACAAAUACGACUGGAGCAUCCAUGAGGCACAAAAGAACAUUCUGAGGACACACACUACAGCUGUGAGCGCUCGGAUGCUGUACAAGCUGGCACUGCAGAAAGAUUUCACCCCUGUGAAGUAUUUCUCCAUCGACCGGGUGUUCAGAAACGAGACGCUCGAUGCGACGCACUUGGCCGAGUUCCACCAGAUUGAGGGGGUGGUGGCAGAUCGGGGUUUAACCCUGGGGAACCUUAUGGGAGUCCUAAAGGAAUUCUUUCAUAAACUAGGAAUCACAAAACUGCGCUUCAAGCCGGCCUACAACCCUUACACAGAGCCAAGUAUGGAAGUGUUCAGUUACCACGAAGGGUUAAAGAAAUGGGUGGAAGUUGGAAAUUCCGGGCUUUUUAGGCCGGAGCUGCUGCUGCCGAUGGGUCUGCCGGAAGACGUGAAUGUGCUUGGUUGGGGCUUGUCGCUGGAAAGGCCUACAAUGAUCCGAUACGGGAUAAAAAACAUCCGCGAGCUGGUGGGACACAAAGUCAACUUGCAGAUGGUUUACGACAGCCCUAUUUGCCGCCUGGAUGCUUGAUGACGAAGAACAUGUGCAAUGCAAGAACUUCCUGGGGAAUACAUAGGGUUUUCUGAUAGGAUACAGCUCCAUUGUCUAUUUAUACUUGAGUACAUGAGGCAAAUCAGUUCUUUUUCUAUAUAGUCUGACUUUAUACAGACUCGGAGACACUUUAGCAUAACUCCUGUAUUGGUUUGAUGGUUGGCCAGUGUGCAAAGGGCGGGUUACAUAAAUACAAAGUAAAUCUUAUUCUGUUCUA